AGGAGGGCAGAGAGAGAAAAAUCACAGUCACCACCACAACAUGAUCAUCACCCCACAGCCCAAACACACCGGUGUAAAAAACAAGUCUUGAGCAUUUCGGACCGAAUCUGAGGUGUGGUCUCGCCGUCGGUGUGUAAACGGAGCGUGUUUAUCUCUGUUUUUAAGCCGUCAGGGAGUGGAUCUGUCUCGGACGCCAUCUUUAGCUGCAGCAGUAGCCCGGGAGAGUGAAGAGCUGCUGGGCCACCGUCAACCAGCACCGGGCUGGAGGAGUUUCUCCAGCGGACACCCAUGCUUGACAGCGAUCGAUAAGUUUGUCGUAACUGAUUUGUGGUCAGUAGACGUGUUUCAGUCCACUGGGUUUGUUGUUGUUGUGGUGGUCGGAGGAGCUUUCUCGGGCUGGCUACUCAUCCUGGCCUGUUGGGAGGGUUUUGGUCCAUAUGAGGCCGCUGUCUUGCAGAUGAGCCAUCAGUGGGGGCUGUCGUGUCGCAGACCCAGAUAGUGACUGGUGGCUGCGGCCCAGGCCCCGCCCCCUCCCAGCAUGCCCAACGCUGCUCGCACGGGGAGUCUGAAGGACCCCGAGAUCGCAGAUCUCUUUUUUAAAGAAGACCCCGAAAAACUCUUCUCAGACCUAAGAGAGAUCGGUCAUGGCAGCUUUGGCGCUGUAUACUUUGCACGGGAUGUGCGGACCUUGGAGGUGGUGGCCAUCAAGAAAAUGUCAUAUAGUGGAAAACAGUCUAAUGAGAAAUGGCAGGAUAUAAUAAAGGAGGUGAAAUUCCUUCAGAGGAUAAAGCACCCAAACAGCAUAGAGUAUAAAGGAUGCUACCUGCGAGAGCACACAGCAUGGCUGGUUAUGGAGUACUGUCUGGGGUCUGCCUCAGAUCUCCUCGAGGUACACAAAAAACCUUUACAAGAGAUGGAAAUAGCAGCGAUUACUCAUGGUGCUUUGCAGGGGUUGGCGUACCUUCACUCCCACAACAUGAUUCACAGGGAUAUCAAGGCUGGGAACAUCCUGCUCACAGAGCCUGGACAGGUGAAGCUGGCAGAUUUCGGUUCUGCUUCAAUUGCCUCUCCUGCUAAUUCAUUUGUGGGGACUCCUUAUUGGAUGGCCCCAGAGGUGAUCCUGGCCAUGGAUGAGGGUCAGUAUGAUGGAAAGGUUGACAUCUGGUCUCUAGGAAUAACCUGUAUUGAAUUAGCUGAAAGAAAACCACCACUCUUCAACAUGAAUGCAAUGAGUGCCUUAUACCACAUCGCGCAGAAUGAGAAUCCAACCCUGCAGUCCAGUGAAUGGACGGACUACUUCAGAAACUUUGUGGACUCCUGCUUACAGAAGUUGCCCCACGAUAGACCCAACUCUGAAGAACUGCUGAAACAUGCGUUUGUCCAGCGCGAGCGGCCGGAUUCGGUGCUUAUUGAUCUGAUCCAGCGCACCAAAGAUGCUGUGAGAGAGCUGGACAACCUGCAGUACCGCAAAAUGAAAAAGAUCCUCUUCCAGGAGGCCCACAAUGGCCCUGCAGCAGAGGUCCCAGACGAUGAGGAGGAGGUGGAGCACAGUGUUGGCCGCACAGGUACAGUGAACAGUGUGGGCAGUAACCAGUCCAUCCCUAGCAUGUCCAUCAGCGUGAGCUCACAGAGCAGCUCAGUUAACAGCCUGCCUGAUGCCGCAGACGAUAACAAGAGCGAGGUGGACCUGAUGGAGAAAGACCAAACCAUCAUACCCAACAGCUCCAUGCUUCACAUCAAACCGGAGGAAGAGAGCUACCAGGAAGAAACCGAGGCUCAGAAACAGCCCACAGAGCCUCAGUCUCCCCCAGCACAGACACCACGGCGUCAAUACCGGAAUCGAGAGCACUUUGCCACCAUUCGGACAGCCUCCCUGGUGACGCGUCAGAUUCAAGAACACGAGCAGGACUCUGAGGUGCGUGAGCAGAUGUCUGGCUACAAACGAAUGCGCAGGCAGCACCAGAAACACCUUCUGGCCCUCGAGAACAAGCUGAAGGGCGAGAUGGACGAGCACAGACUCAAGCUAGACAAAGAACUGGAGAACCAGAGGAACAGCUUUGCUGCCGAGAUGGACAAACUCAUCAAGAAGCACCAAUGCACCAUGGAGAAAGAUGCCAAGACUUUUGCCAACGAUGAAAAGAAGUUCCUGCAGCACAUUCAGAGCCAGCAGAAGAAGGAGCUCAACAGCUUCCUGGAGUCUCAGAAACGCGAGUACAAACUGCGCAAGGAACAGCUCAAAGAGGAGCUGAAUGAGAACCAGUCCACACCAAAGAAGGAGAAGCAGGAGUGGCUGUCCAAGCAGAAGGAGAAAUUCCAGCACUUCCAGGCAGAGGAGGAGGCCAACCUACUUCGCCGGCAGCGGCAGUAUUUGGAGCUUGAGUGCCGCAGGUUCAAACGGCGAAUUCUCAUUGCACGUCACAACGUGGAGCAGGAUCUAAUGAGAGAGGAGCUGAAUAAGCGUCAGACGCAGAAGGAUCUAGAGCACGCCAUGCUGCUCCGACACCAUGAGUCUAUGCAGGAGCUGGAGUUCAGACACCUGAGCAACAUCCAGAAGAUGCGUGCAGAGCAGAUACGCCUGCAGCACCAGACAGAGCUCACCAACCAGCUGGAGUACAACAAGCGCAGGGAGAGGGAGCUCAGACGCAAACACGUCAUGGAGGUCCGACAGCAGCCCAAGAGCCUCAAGUCCAAAGAGCUACAGAUCAAGAAACAGUUCCAGGAUGCAUGUAAGACCCAGACCCGGCAGUACAAAGCCCUGCGAAACCAGCUGCUGGAGAGCAUACCAAAACCCGAACACAAGACCAUGCUGAAGAGACUGAAGGAAGAGCAAACCAGGAAACUAGCAAUCCUCGCCGAACAGUAUGACCACACCAUCAACAACAUGCUCUCCACACAGGCUUUGCGUCUAGACGAGGCACAGGAGGCAGAGUGUCAGGUGCUGCGGAUGCAGCUGCAGCAGGAGUUGGAGUUGUUGAAUGCAUAUCAGAGUAAGAUCAAGAUGCAGACGGAUGCUCAGCAGGAGCGAGAGAGGAAGGAGCUGGAGCAGAGAGUGUCCCUCCGGAGAGCCUUACUGGAGACUAAGAUCGAAGAGGAGAUGUUGACCUUGCAGAACGAGCGCACAGAGCGGAUCCGUAGCCUGCUGGAGCGCCAGGCCCGAGAAAUCGAGGCCUUCGACUCAGAGAGCAUGCGCUUGGGCUUUAGCAACAUGGUGUUGGCUAACAUCUCUCCUGAGGGCCUCAGCCACAGCUUUCCAGGGGCCCCGGCCAGUUGGAUCCCCCAUCAGCAUCACUCAGAUGGCUCUCAGGGGACACAGUGGGGCAGCAGCACUGGUUCAGGGGCCGGCCACCACUACCACUCCAGUCAGGGAGGAGCACAGGCCCAGCAGGGCUGGGGCCAAGCCAUCCCAGGAGGUGGGCUUCCUCCGUGGGGCCACUCCCCCUCGGGCCCCCUAGGGGCCAUGCCAAAAAGCAGCGUGGGGAUGCGGAACAGCCCUCAGGCACUUAGGAGGACCACCUCAGCGGGGCGCACUGAGCAGGGCAUGAGUAGGAGCACCAGCAUCACAUCUCAGAUAUCCAAUGGUUCGCACCUGUCUUACACAUAGACACCAGUGCGUUUGUGCCAACCCUGCACACACAAACACACACAGGGUAGGGGAACGCACUGGCCCACACUAAAGACUGGCACAGAGAGCAGAGCCAACUGCACUUGUCUACCCAUCUCCCUCUAUCCCCCUUUUCUUUUCCUUCGCUUUCUCAUUUCACUUUCCUACAUGCAGACGUGCAUGUAAACGAUAGCAGAUAUUGCUCAGGUCAAAAGAAAUUCUAACUUUGUGUGAAGCUUGUUUGACAGCCAUGCAGAGCUAAAGUCAAAAACACUAGUCUGAUUUAAAGCUCACUUGAUGAGAUUCAUUUAAUGCUAAAUAUUACAGAGAAAGAUAUAUAUAUAUAUGUGUGUGUGUGUGUGUGUGUGUGUGUGUAUAAAAUAGAUGUUUAUUCAUUUAGCUUUAGUCCACUUAACGUGUGGAUUCAUAAACCAAAAGGAUGUUAAAAGGAGAUGUUGGCCAUAAUUCUUAAGCAUAAUGAUUACAUAAGUAUACAAUCUAAGCUGUCAGCCUGCUGUCAUGCUCUUAGGAAAAAUAAUUUGGGUUUUAAUAAAAUAAAGAAAUGGAUUAUGUGUGUGCAGUAUAUGGAUUAGGAAGAGAGCUGGCCAAUCUGUUGAUUUUAAGUGAGUGUUUUAGUUGUCAGAUUUUUAAGUUGGACGAUUCAUUUGCAGAGAAGAUUUAGGAGUUUGCCUACAUCAAGUACUGUGCUGAAAUUAAUGUGAAGAAAAAUACACAUUUCAAGAGGUUCAGAACUUGAUCUUACAGACUUUUGUUACUUGUUUAGUGUUUUAAGAUUUUAAACAUUGCAGGCAAGCACAAAUAUGUUCAUAUCUCCAGCAUACUACUUUUUAUUUAGUCUGUACUUGCAUUAAGCAACCUAAUUAUGGCCAGACAACCUGUCUUCAGUCUUCUUAGCCUUUUGAUACACCCUUCAUUUUAUUAGGUCAGCCAGCUUUCAUCUGGAUCAGGGGUCCAGACACAUUUAGAUGUGGUGCUUUCUUGAUUAUUCGUUGUAUGUGAUGUUUUAGGUGUGCAAUGCCAGCUUAAAUAUAUAUGAUAUAUGUUCAGUGCCUUGAAUGUGUUAAUAGUUUAAUUACUCAGUAGAGACAUGCCAAGAUUAAUGUUUUCAUGUAGCUAAAAAAAAACACUCCCAAAUUUAGAGUUUAAUCAUGUUCCCCAAGCUAAUGAAGGGACAGUAUUGAUCCAUUUAAGAAGUGUGGAUAUAUUUGGUUGUACACCUAAAUAUGAGCUUAUAUUAUCCCACUAUGUAAUGCUAAACUCUUAUGUUAAUAAACUUUUGAGGUGCCUUUGAAUAGCUGCCAAGCAGAAGCACUUUAUGUAGUGUGUUGUGUUUUGAGGAAUAUUUUUUACACGCGUUCUCAACUAUGGAAAUGACUAAUGCAGCCGUAAACUGUAGUGUGUGAUGGCAGAUGUCCAGUAUGUUUACUGUUACUUUUUUAAAAGAAUUCUGUGGUCAUUUUAAGGAAGUGCUAGAUAUGAAUUUGUCAGUGGUUUUAGUGCAGUACUGUCAUGAUUUGUCAAAUUAAAUGAAUGCAGAAACUGUUUGAAUGUACUCUGUCCUCCAUCAGGUUUGUGUCAUGUCUUUGACACUCUGGGAAUGUAAGGAACGGUAGGAGCAUGAAAUGACUUCCUUUUUUUUCUGUAGGUCAUGACAGCAGGCUUUGUUAUGUGACACUUAACUGGCUCUUUUGGAGCAGGCAAACACUCUUGAUUUGGUCUCAUGAUCUCCA